AUGUCGCUAAAAGAUCAGUUGCUGAGGCUGAAGAAAUGCAGAAGAGCUGCUCACUCUGAGAUGAAGGGAAGAGUGAGAUUUGGAGAUACAGAGGACAUGGACGAAGAAACAAUUCUUGAACUGAUUCCAAUCCAAACACCAUACACAAAAACCAAAAGCCUAUUUUUUGACCGACAGAGGCAGACAGAGGAGGAGGAGAGAAAGUUUAACAGGGGAUUUUCGGAGUUUUUGAAAGAAUUGGUCAGAUAUGGGAAUGUAAAGGAUAUCGAAUAUUUGUUUGAAUAUCUUGUCCGAAGAUAUAUGUGUGACACUUUCAACCCAAAGGAGAUGAUUUUCUUUCUUCUUCCAUUUAAGAAGUACUAUGGCCAGGUUUUAUGCAUAAGUCAGAGAUCUGAUUUCAACUACUUCUCAAUUCAACCAACCUAUUCGUAUCAGUUUAUUGGGAAUCUUUGUUUGAGAGAGAAGCACUUUUUUGAUUUCUUUGUAGGAUAUUUUGAGCAUUUCAAGUAUAUCCAAGACUUUUGUCUUGAUGUAACUGGAUAUAUAGUUUCAGGGAUUAAGAAUACAGACAAAGACUUUUCCAUGCAGUUCUAUGAGAUGAUAUCCCAUCUCACCAAGUCUGGAGAAAGUGAUGCAGCAGUCAAGAUUUUCUUCGAAAUAAGAGACCAUGUCGAGGGAGUUCUUGAUGAGUUUGUUGAGUUGUUGGAGCCCUAUUUUGCCAAGGAAUAUCUGAUGUCAAGAAAGCUUGAAGAGGUAAGUCAUAAAGAGGAUAUUCCCCAUGAAGAAAGUGCACUUUUUAGGAAGAUAUAUGAUAGUGGGAACGACAGACAGAUUCUGAGAGACAGCAGCAGAUAUAAAGACUAUGUGAUGUGGCUCCAUAGAGAAGAACUAUCUUUGAAGUCGAUCAAUGAGAUAGAGAUCGGAGCUCUGAAGACUCUUUGUGGAAUUGAAGAAAAGAAUCUCGAUGGGGAAAUCUUUGACUAUAUCAAUCUGUUUAGGGAGUUGGAAGACAAGAAGGGUCUUGUCAAGCUUCUUAGUCAGAGGUUUCCUAAGAAUGUCUCAACACUUAUUCCGCACAUGGGAGAUGCCGACAAAGCAUAUCUUUCAGAACAGUCUCCGUGGUUAUGGGAAAGUCUUAUAACCGAAGGAAAUUACAGCAUAGUUGUGAUGAACAUGCCCCGGAAGAUGGUAGAGAAUGAUCUGAUGAAGAUUAUGAAAACCUGCUUGAAGUAUGUGAAAUAUGAUGGAAAUGUCUUUGUGGACUACCUUGAUGAGAAAGUACUUUUUUCAUUGAUGGACGAAUGCCAAGAAAAUGUCUUUGUGAAAAACAUCAUCGACACAGCCAAGCUCAUGAACAUAGAUCUGGCAACUAUAAUUAUCCAAAAGGAAUUUUACACCAACCCGGCCUAUCUGAACUAUCUCUCUGAAAAGGCCAGAGGUUUUGAAGUAGAGAUGAGCAGAAGACUACUGAAGAAGGCCAUGGAGUUCUCAUCUAAGGCACAUAUGGAUGCACUGUGUGGGUAUUUACAGCAGGUGAAGGAUGAAGAACUCAUAAACGAUGUCUUCGGAUGGUUGAUAGAUAAGAUGUGGUUUUAUCCGGCUUUUUACUCAGGACUGAGGAUUCAUCUUGAGGUUGUGAGUAAAGAAAACUGCGAAAAGAUUCUGAGCACAAAAGGAUUUUCAAAAGACAAUUACGAUGUGGUUGAUAGACUAUACAGAUAUAAAGAAGAGGUGAUUGACGAGUGUCUUGUGGAAAGACACCAUGAUGCUCUUUUAUCUCUGUGUAGAAAGUACGGGUUUUGUAAGAUUCUUGGAAAUAGAAGGAAUGAACAUGUGGUAGACUUCAUUGAAACAACAUCCAAACAAAACUUGCUUCCUAAAGAUGAGGAGGAUUUUAUCCGAUAUUCUUCUUCUCUGGUCGAGUUUGGAGGAGAAAGAAUAGUCAAAGCACUAUUUCAAAGUAAGUACAUUCCUCAUCUUAUCAAAUGCACUACGAUAAGAGAAUGGAAUGUUAUAAAGGUCAUUGUUUCCGAACUAGUUCUGCAAUAUGAUAAGUACCGGCAAUUCUGCUUUGACUACUUUCUUGGCAACUUUUCUGAUUUCAAAGGUGAUCUCGAUCUCUUCGAGACAAUUGUGGAAGAUGAAGCCUCCAUAGACUACCAAAAACUCAUGGAUGUAGCCAAGAAUUCGGAUUAUAGUUUCCGAAGUAGCCUUUUUGAUAUUCUUCUGAGGAAACUUCCAUUCGAUUCCUUGCAGUUUGUACCUAUGAUUGCACCCUGCAUGAUAGAACAUAAGAAGGAGUCUGUCAGAAUACUCUUUGAGAAGCAUAAAAACAUCAUGGGACCUUACGUUAAAGACAUUCUCCAGAAAUUUCCUGAGCUGCAAGAUUGCAUGCUCGAAAUUGAUUCACGAUACCUCCUGACAGGAGCAAUAAAGGCAUACGUAGACGCUCCAGACGAACAUCAUCUUGACUUCAUGCACAAGGUACUUGAUACCUCGGGACUUUCGGUUUCACCGUCUGUACUCAUAAAGGUUGUGAAGUUCCUUGGCUCAAAUGUCUCGAAGUUGAAAGGCAAGCUUCUUACGAAGUUCUUUGAGGUUUAUCUAAAGGUAAACCCUGAGGCAGACGAAGAGAUCCAAUCUCUUCUAAGGAUCAUCUACGAAAGAAAUAGAUGCGUUUUCUUCCAAGUAUCCCAGGCAUCUUUUUCUCUUUGCUUUAAAAUCUUCAAGCCAUAUGCAGAUGUCAUGGUUAAGCUGGUCGAAGAGAAGGAUAAAGAUGCGAUAUCAUUUAUAACCGAUUAUCUAUACUGGGAUUCGGAGUAUGGUCUUCCUCACAGAAAGAUGUUUGAAAUUCUCUUUUUGUUUUACUGUGAUGAUCCGGAUGUUCUGUAUGCAAGGUGUAUUGGUAGCAUCCUUAGACACAAUCCAAAAGAAAUCGAGGAUGCCAACGAUCUAAUACUCAACAGUAUGAAAGGAGACAAGACAGUUAUUAUUCUGAAAUUACUUCAAGUUCUAUACCAAAAGGUCUAUCACUUCAAGAAAUGCCUUGUCAAAAGCUCUCCGUACUUUGCACUUGUCGUGGAUAGCACCCGAAAAGAGAUUUCAAGUGCAGCUAGAAAACUACUUAGUAUAAUCGAAAGAAAACAUAACAAGAGCGGGUAUCAGCUUCUUCAGCUGUAG